AUGGAUGAAUAUAAGUGUUCCUUAUGUUUAGAUGACAUAUAUAUAAAUACUGAAAAGAAACUAUUUUUAUUUGACAUAUGUAAACAUAAAAUAUGUGGAGAAUGUUUGGAAAAUCAUUUGAAUAAGCACAAUAAGGAGCAUUGUCCACGUUGUAAAAUUGCAAUAACAAAAAAAAAUGUAGUUCCAUUUGAUAUAGAAGAAAGAAUAUAUUCAAACCAAAAAAAUAUAAGAAGUAAAUUAACUGAAAUAUUUAAUAAAAAAAGACAUAAUUUUCAAAAUACCCCCUUAUAUAAUAAUUAUUUAGAAAAGAUUGAAGAUAUAAUUUUUAUGCUAACAAAUGAAUGUGAUGAAAAAAAACGGAAAAUUAUCGAAGCAUAUAUUAAAAAAUAUGAAAAGGAAAAUAUAAAAUUAAUAGAAGAAAAUAAUUCUCUUAUAUAUGAAAAUGAAAAAAAAAAAAUUCAUGGAAUUGUUAAGGAAGAAGGAAACCUAUAUGAAAUAAUUAAACAAAGACCUAUUGUAAAUAAAUUAAAUAAUGAAACAUAUGUCCAUUCAUUAGUUAAAGAAAACCCUAAAUUAUUUACUGAAGUUAAAGUAACUAGUAUUUCUGAGUCACAGCCACAACCAUUAAAUCCUGCUAUCAGGAAUGAUACGGAUAUACCUGUACGUAGAUUUACUUCAGAAGAGGAAAUUAAACAAUCUGACUAUUCAGGAGGAUAUGAUAUUUCUAUUGUUUUUAAGAGAUGUGAUCAGGAAUUUAAUUCUACCAUAUAUCUCAAUAUAUAG